AUGCCUCGCAGUCAGAAGAGUCGGCUCUGCAAGCUUCAGAAAAUCCUUGAGACCCAAAGGGAGGCACAGGGCCUUGCAGAGGCACAGGUCUCCGCAGCUGAGGGGAAGAAGGCCUCAUCCUCCUCCUGCUUUCCCUCUUCUCUGAUUCCGGGCACCCCAGAGGAGGUGCCUGCUACUGGGGCACCAAAUGCUCCCCAGGGUCCCCAGAGAGCAGGCUCCUCCUCCAGUGUCAUUGUCCCACUGAGCAAAUCAGGUGAGGGUUCCAGCAGCCAAGGAGAAGGUGCAAGCACCUCGCAGGUCCCACAGGGCACUGAAUCCUUCCUCAGUGAUGUGCUAGAUGAAAAGAUGGCUGAUUUGGUGCGGUUCCUGAGCGGCAAGUAUAUAACGAAGGAGCCCUUCACAAAGGCAGAUAUGCUGAAUAAUGUCAUCAGAGAGUACAAGGAUCACUUCCCUGUGAUCUUCGGGAAAGCCUGUGAGUGCAUGCAGAUAGUCUUUGGCAUUGAUGUGAAGGAAGUAGACCCCAUCAGUCACUCCUACAUGCUCAUCAACAUGCUAGACCUCACCUAUGAUGGGAUCCUGAGCGAUGACAGGGGCAUACCCAAGACCGGCCUCCUGAUUCUUGUCCUGGGUGUGAUCUUCAUGGAGGGCAACUGUGCCCCUGAGGAAAAGAUCUGGGAGGUGCUGCAUACAAUCGGGGUGUAUCCUGAGAGUAAGGAUUUCAUCUAUGGGGAGCCUAAGAAGCUCAUCACCAGAGAUCUGGUGCAGGAAAGGUACCUGGAGUACCGGCAGGUGUCCGGCAGUGAUCCUCCUCGCUAUGAGUUCCUGUGGGGUCCCAGGGCCCAUGCUGAAACCAGCAAGAUGAAAGUGCUAGAGGUUUUUGCCAAGGUCAGUGGGACUGACUCCCGUGACUUUCCAACCCUUUAUGAGGAGGCUUUGAGAGGUGACAAAGAGCAAGCCCAAGCCGGAAUUUCUGCCAUGGAUGAGACCACUGCCAUGGCCAGUGAAAGUUCCAGUGGCCCGCCCAGCACCUUCUGA